AACGAACCGCCGGGGCAUCCAUCAUUCAGACUUGGGCCGGAAAGCAGGAGACAAGCGCAGACAACACAUCUGAUCCUACUUACUUAUUCUGGGGCGAGGUUGUUUGCGAAGAUACCUUGCUGUGUUGCGGAUAUAGUACUACCCCACGAGUCUCUACCGUAUAGUCCAUAGUGACUACUACAAUUCUACCUAAGGAUUUACCCCGGAGUAGUAGACGACAUCUUUCAUAUAGAAAGAAAGAAAGCAAGAUGAGAGCCUCCCACCCACGCCAGUCAAGCAUUGACCUUGACUCCCCCGACCGGCCGUUCGACAAUAUCAUCAAUUUCCGGGAUGUGGGCCGUUCUGUUAAUCAGUGGUUGGGGAGACGGGUUUUAAAAGAGGGUGUGCUGUAUCGGAGUGCGAGGCCCGAUGACGCCUCCGAAAGAGACAAGCGACGCUUAUCAGAGGAACUGCACAUCGCCACAGUCAUCGAUCUCAGAUCGAGCACCGAACACCAAAUGGCAACCGACAAGCGACGAGCCGAGAAUGAUGCCCAGCUAGAGAAGGAGGAUCCGUCCGUUUCCUCUGAUGCCGCCGCAGCGGCAACCCCAGACGAACACCUGGUGCAGCUCCCCGGCGCGCAAUUGCACCUUGUUAGUCUGACGGGGAAGGCGUUUGAGCGGACCUUACUGUGGAAGUUGGAUUGGUGGAAUUUUUUCAAAGUCCUAUCCCUAGCAGCAUCAGGCUACCGUUCCGACGCAAUCACCAUAGUCGGCGAACAGGUGAUGUCCCCGCGGGGACUAAUCGGACUUGGUCAGGAUACGCUGGAUAGUAGCACGGUUGAGAUGAGGACGUUAUUUCACAUCUUAGCAUCGGAUACUGCAUCGUCGUCUUCAACGCCCACAUCACCAUCUUCAACAUCGCCAACACCGUCUACCGACGGAGACUGUGACCGGACCCAACCCAGAGACGAAAGUGUCUACCCCCUCCUAAUCCACUGCACGCAAGGCAAGGACCGCACAGGCCUCAUCGUCCUCCUCUGUCUGCUCCUCGUGGCGGACGUCGUCCCCGAAGACGCCAUGGCGGCGGACUACGUGCGCUCGGAGCCGGAACUCGUCGCUGAAGUCGACGAGCGGAUGAAGGAGAUCCGCAAGCUGGGGUUGUCCGAGGAGUACACGAAGUGCCCGGCGGGGUUUAUUGGGGAGAUUAAGCGCCAUUUGCAGGAGGUGCGGAGGGUGAGGGAGGUUUUGCUUGCUUAGUCUUUCAAGGGACUUGAUUCUUGGCUUUGGAGCUGGGUUGGUGCUGAUGGUGCUUAGACUUGCGUGCUGGGAUAGAUAGAUACUGGCUACUGAUGUGUAACGCUAUACAU